AAUCUGGAAGAGUUUGAAUGAAUGAAAAAGGAUUAUAAUAAAAUUUCCAAUGUUUCAGUAAUAUAACUUGAUAGUGACGAGUGUGUCGAAUCCAGCUUCAAACCAUUCUCCAAAAUCACUACUUUCCUAUUACACCAAUCCAGAGAAGUAGAUUUAAUGCACUUGGAGUAAGGUAAAGACUCACACAAAAGUUAAAAACUGCCCUGGAAGACAGUAGAAAGACAUAAAACCUCCUUUGGGUGAUCUCACUGUUAGAUUACUGCUUGUUGGCUGCACGUCUUUUUUCACCUAGACCAUAUGGUCCAGGCUUUUUUAAACGCUUCUUACAAAAUGGACUAACCUGGUUCUGCUUACUUACCCAGACAGGAUAAUCUCAUUAAUCUCAUAAUGGCCCUCAAUUUUGAGCAUGCCCUGGUUUUUGACUAGACUUGUCUCUGAACAAGUGCUUACCAUUUCAUGGACGCAUGUAAAUGUACCCUUUGCUUCCUUCCCAUCAUUGUUUGCUCCUCUGGCCUACUACUGUUACUAUUUUUGUGAAAUUAUGCAGCACUGCUCAUAUCUCUUCUGUACAAGCUACUGCUGGUCUCCUAUUCAGCAGCUUUUGCUGUUCUGAUUUGCACUGAAGCAACUUUAGGUUUUACUGAGGCAGCCAGGUUCCGCAGGCUAGAAAAUCUGAACGUGCGUGAAAGGAAGUCAUUUAAUAUGGCACAUGGAAAGCUGCUCCUUGGAGAUGGGAUGCAAACCCAGCAUGCCAGCUUUCAGAGCAGAGACACAGUAUCUCUCGAAAGAAUCUUUACUUCAUGCAGGCAACCACUCAGAACAAUACUGUAUUUUUGCGUUGGGUUUUGGGAUUAUUUUUUUUCCCCUAGUUAGCUCUUCCUUCAACUGUGACUUUUUAUAUCCCACUCUAGGAGACAAAAUAGCAAGAAUCUGGACCAGAAAAAAAACCCACCAUGCAACCAAACUGCAGUCAUCUCCACAACAUCCAAGGGAGUGGUGAUGACUCCUCAUCUUCUCCGAGCGCCCACGCAGCGAGGUUGUCAGGGGAGAGCUCGUGCCAUCACAGCGGGGAUGUUCGCAUACAGCUGAACUCUGCUGUGGGAGAAGCCAGAGACAACGCGAGUUCCCGGCACUCGAGGCCGGGUUCCCAAAGUCACUCACACGGACAAGCCCACAGCGAAGCGGUGGGGCUCAAUGAUUCCACUCCAGACUCGGAGGAACACAGCGGCACCUCCCUCUCGGAGCUCAGAUACCUCCUCCAGUGGCUGCACAAAAGUCUGCCGUAUAUCUUGAUUCUGUGUGUCAAAUUGAUCAUGCAGCAUAUAAUUGGCAUUUCUCUUGGAAUUGGGCUGCUAACAACUUAUAUGUAUGCAAACAAAAGCAUAGUAAAUCAGGUUUUUCUAAGAGAACGGUGCUCCAAGUUGCAAUGUGCUUGGUUACUAGUAUACCUAACUGGAUCAUCUCUCCUCCUGUAUUACACCUUUCAUUCUCAAUCACUGUAUUACAGCUUAAUCUUCUUAAACCCUACUGUGGAUUUUAUGAACUUCUGGGAGGUACUGUGGAUUGUGGGAGUCACAGACUUUAUUCUGAAAUUCCUCUUCAUGGGCUUCAAGUGCUUUAUUCUCUUGGUGCCUUCUUUUAUGAUGUCCUUUAAAUCCAAGGGCUACUGGUACAUGCUGUUAGAAGAACUCUGCCAGUAUUACCGUAUGUUUGUCCCCAUACCAGUUUGGUUCCGUUAUCUUAUUGGCAAUGGGGAGCUGGACAGUGUACUGGGAUGGACCCUUGGGAUAUUGCUGGGCCUUCUCUACUUCAUCCUAAAAAUUUUGAGCUUUUUUGGGCAGUUGAGAAACUUCAGGCAGGUCUUACGGAUAUUUUGCACGCGACCACACUACGGGGUGACAGCUAGCAAGAGACAGUGUUCCGAAUCAGAUGAUAUUUGUUCAAUCUGCCAAGCUGAAUUUCAGAAGCCUAUUCUGCUUAUCUGUCAGCACACAUUUUGUGAAGAAUGCAUCUCUUUAUGGUUUAAUAGAGAAAAAACGUGUCCACUCUGCAGAACUGUUAUUUCAGACCAUGUUAACAAGUGGAAGGAUGGAGCUACAUCUAUGCAUCUACAGAUUUUCUAAAGCGUGUCAAACAACUUGUCUUACAGUUUGUUUGUUCAAGCUGAAGUUUUUCAGUUUACUGCAGAUUAAAUUGUAGGUGGCACAAGGAACGAGUUUCCAAAUUCUCGAUUAUCAUGCCUCUAUGAAAUGUUCCAGUAUUUAAAACAGUGCAGAAAAUGUUAACUUGACCUUCUUAAGUAUAGAAAAGUAAGUUUUCAGAAAGAAUGCAGGAAAGCCAGCAUUGUGUCUCUUGUGAUUCACGCAGGAAGCAAUCAAGUCCUUGAAAAAUGCUGCAUUACUUCUUCCAGCAGCUUCUUAAUUCAAGAUUUUAUUUAAAAGUUUUAAGUAGAGUUCCAGAAUGUACUAAAUUGUAUUUAUCCUCCUAACAUCACUCAACCCAAAAGGUCAACCUACCAAUUUUAUUAAUAUUGUGAGCAAACUUUACACUCUGGACUACAGUGAGAAUUAGAGCUACUUAUCACACUUGGCAUUAAGGAUCCCUUAAUGCCUGCCCAGUAGAUGAGAGAAAUGAACUUUUAUUCACACACCUGUAACAGCAACUAUUCUCACUGUACCUGGAGAUAAACCCCAAGAAUAAGACGUUUCCCCUUUAGGUUCUUGUAGACUUCUAAUGGAUCUUUGGCUUAAUAUAUAAACCAACCACUGAUACUAGUUUUUUACUUAGCAUUUUUUAAAGUUGGUAUUUUUAAAACAAAUCUUUAAUACUAUAUUUUUGUCAUAACAGGAACCAGAUUUUUCUUACAGGGGAGAAUCUAUUUUAUACUCUAUUUGCAAUUUGUAGUAUGCAUAAAAAUCAGAGAGAAUAAAUGCAUUUAAAUCUAUUUGUUUGGUGCAUGUUGAAUAAAGAAACAAGAUUCAUUACUGCUUCAGUAUUAACUUACAUGUAAGCACAUAACAGCUCACUGCUAGGUAUACUUUACCUGUUGACAUCACUGAAAAACAAAAACCUUCCAAAUGAUACAAUUUAUUCAUGACUAGUCUUCAUGCUAAUUAGCGCGUUUACUUAUGUAUAAUCUCACUUUUUUCCCUGCUUGUCUUUUUUCACCUUGCUAUUCAGAUAAGACUGAGAAAAACCCACUCAAAUGAUUCUGUUACAGCAAAGUUAAAUUGAGUUGCCAUUAACUUGAGCUUGUCUUAAUUGAAUAACUUUAGGAAACUUCUAAGUUUGGAGAAAAGCAGAAUUUUAAAGUUAAACACUUACUUGAUGAAUGCUGUAGCAACUCAAAUGGCCAGGCAGUGACUGAGUACUGGGAAGUUGCAGCUGACACAGCCAGAUUUAUAGGGCUGACAGGGCAUGAUGGGAGAGUGCCCUUAAAGGUACAGCUAGAAGUCUAAUACUAGUAGAAUUUAGUAUUCUGAAAAAAAUGUAACGCGAUGGAAGAUUCAAGCUAAGAGGUAUCAUUUUAUGUUCAAGCUUGCUUUUGCUAUAGCAUGCUGCAUAUUUGCUAACUGUAUUUUUGUUUGAAGUUGACUGCAGUUCAGAGUAAAUGUGCCCUAUGAUGAUUGUUCCACCAUGCUAUCUGAGUGACUGGGGAAAGACUCCAGAUUAAAGAAAACAGGCAAAAGCUUCUAAAUCUGUAAGUGGAAACUUAGGGGAGUAGAAGAGCCUGGUUCUCGUGGAAGCCUCUCCCAGCAGAUGAGGUACUUAGUUUGGAGAAUGUGCAGCUAAAAGGGGUCAGAGCAGUCCUGAGGGUGGCAGGGAAGACUUGGAACUUGGCCACAGCCAGAGCUGCGCCGUAACGGGCUUGUGCCUGUACCUCCAGUACUGUCAGAACAAACUGCUCUUUGUUUCCUCAGGGAGAUCUAGCUAUGCCUUAGCUUGCAGCUGAAGUUCCUACAAGAUCAGAACUGUCUGUUAUUUAAAUUUCAUCGAUGCUGAUAUUCAGACUGCUGCUGCAGCAGAACUCCUCUUGAGAGAUGGAUAAGAACUGAAUCAGUCAAGGGACAAAAAAAGAGUAGGGGGAACUUAAGGCUGGAUUCUGAAUCUCUGAUGGGCCCACAGAGACUUUGGCAGCUCACUUGGUUACACAAUCAUAUUUAGACUUCCAAAUUUAAUCAUCAACAUACAGUUUAGCUAAAGUGUGUUUUAAGGGGUUUUUUCUUCAUAAAGUAUUGUGUAAACACUGUAUUUCAUUUAGUCAACAAAUAGCACCUUUAAAAAAGCUUUGCUUCUGAGAGUAGAAUGUGUGACUAAGCCCAAUACACUUUAUAAGUGCAGAUGCAAUACCCAACCCUUUCUAAAACACUGGGCAAAAUAAAAAUUGUAAGUUAUCCUGGAUUAGCUUUUCCUGAAAUGCUAAUACCAACCACUUAAUCACUUUUUAAUUCACAAAUCCUCUCUGAGAAAAUACAAACUAUAAUUCAUUAGACUUGGACAUGAUGUUAGAGCAAGGAAAUGCACUUCCCAAUACUUGAAUACUGAUUAAAUCCUUUGCCUACCAGUAAUGGGCGGUCAUUCAUCACAAUUCCAGUAUUCUGUGAUGGACUUUCAAAUAUCUUUUUAGAACAAUAGGUCUAAAUCACCUAGUCCAUUCCUGGAAUGCUAACUGGGAAUUCUGAGAUGCACCAGCUUGAUAGAAACAGUUGUGUCGAAAGCAGAGCCACUACCUUGCUGACUAAGGGAAAGGAUCUGAGAUACAACUAUGCUUUCUUAUUGCCUUAUUCCCCAGAUGAGUAAAUAGCCCCAUUGCUUAUGUGGCAGGGAACAGUGAGAGGUAAGCUUCCUGUUUCAUCACAGAAUUGAUGAUUCUAGGACAGCGCAAAGCUGAAGUGGUCUGUCAGGACCAACACCUUGCACUGUCAGACCUAAGAUGAACUAGGAAGGCAGUUACAGAUCAAGGAACACGCUGCUUUACACAUAUACAUUCAAAAUAUGCAGGAAAAUUUGAAAGAAAUCAGCCUGACCUAAAUAUUCUUUUGGUAUAGGACAUCAGUAUUUAUAAACUACUUACCUCAAGAGGUAGUUCAGUAUCUGAGACAGAUACUGUAAAUUGAGGAAUUAAGGCAUCAAGGACCAUAUGCAAGGCGAGUGUUAUUACUAAGAAAUAUGAAACUGAUUUAGAAGUAUUACACUUGUGGUUAAGAAAAAAAAAAAAAAAAUCAACACAAGAACUCCACAGUGUCAUCUGGCCUGUAAAGUUCACCACAACUGUUUUACAGAGCACAACAAAACAUGGUGUCAGUGCUUUAAGUCAACGCUGGAUUGUUGCUGAUCUUUGUCUACUACACAGCAGUAACAACAUCUUACUAGGAUAAGGGUGGUUGUUGGUCAGAGACAGGACUAGGGAACAAUCUGACUUUUAUACUCUGUUGAUGAAUUUUUUUUCCUUUAAGACCCGGUGAAAAUUAUUCAAACCCAGUCAUCUUAUCCAAACACAUUUUAUUAAAAAAACCCCGAAGAACUAAAAAGAGAUUUCGCUCAACCAGUUUAGAUUUACACUUCAUAAAUGAAACAAGUCAUUCUCAGCUACAGAGAGGAAAGAAAGUGAGUAACUUACAUCCGUGAAUGAGAUCCUCUCUGAUCCGCUUGCUGGCACCCUGCUGUUCCAGUGCAGCUCUUCCUCCUCAAGCCCACCGAGGCCAGGGUAGCUGCCCUGCUCUCCACACACCCAGGCACCCAGCACAUGGCUGACUCUGCAGGAGACAGAACAGAGAAGAGGAUGAGAGGGCAAUCAGUAGCCACUUUUUAAGAGCCCAAGAACCUAGGGGAAGGUUACCAGCCCCUUGGUAAGCCAGACCGAUCAGAACUAACACGUCAGGUCCUUUAAAUUCUAAGUGGAAUUCCUCCUGCCCCCCUCUCCCUUCCAAGCUGUCAUGAAAGACAAUGAUUUAGAUCCAGUUACACUUGGGGCCUACCUACUUUUGAUUUAAAAAAAAAAAAAAAAAAUCGCUUGGAUUAGCAUAUAUUUAAUUUGCAUUUAAUUGCUAUUCACAUCCAUCCUAUUCAGCAGUUGAGUAUAUUUAGUUCCAGGAAACUGAAAGAUGAAAACAGAAUAGGGAUUACCUUUAUUUCUACUAAGGCAGCUCAAGUUUGUUUCUUGAAGAUGGCUACAAAGCCCCGUUAAUCUAGAAGAGAACAAUCUGUAGGAGUUCAUACGCAGGAACUGCAUACAGUAUACCAUCAAGGAUCUGCAGGAAGAAUCGUUAAGUAGUUUGCCACCUUCUUAAUAACUUCUUCUGUACCCCUGAGGGUAAAGGAUUUCCCUCUAAACUGGGAAAAUGAAACAGCAACUGCCCUGCUGUAGAGACAGAUUUAAAAAAAAACAAACCCAAAACAAACAAAAAAUCAUCAAAACCCAAGCAUCUGUCCUAAGAACAAGAGCAGUCUCCCUCAAUGUUUGAUGCACUUUCUGAUUAACAGCGAGAGCAGGUUGGGAGUUAAUAUUAAAAAGAGAAUAGACCCAAAGUAAACAUCCAAUGUAUAGUUAAGAGUGGACUCAAAUAUUAAAUGUUCUCCAGCAGUUCAGCUUUUAGAUAGCAAGGCAAAAAAAAAAGGGAUAUUGAAAAGAACAAUUGACUCAUUUAUUUUUAUCUUUUAUUAUGAGCUAAUACCAGGAUGACAUUCAAAUGUCAGAUGGCACAAUUAAGACAGUCUUGGUAGGAAUUAUUCCAGCAUUCCCAAAAUUACAAUUUAGUACACGAAUGGCAUCAAAUGUAUGCAUCACUCCCACAGAGAAAAAUGAUGAAAUUCUGAAUAUCUUAUACCAGAAUAGUUUCUGCAUCAAAUGGGAAAAGAAAAUCUGCUGGUAACACAGCUGACCUAUAAACCUUUUGUGAUAAUGACCUGCGGAACAAAAUAUUCCCCUAUUUAACAUCUGGUAAAAAAAAAUAUGACUUUUGUUCAAGUUUAAGAUUUAAUACUUUUAUAUGGUUAGCCACAACAGGUAUUAACCUCAGUUUUACUAUAUUUUUGUAAUGCUACAAAAAUCCUAUAAAAUCAAAUUAUAGUGAAUUUUUCAGUGAUUAUAAUUAAAAAAGCGCAGCUUGUACAAAAUAAAAAAAAUAAGAUUCUAUACUCUAAUGAAAAAUUUAAGACAUUUUUAAAUGAACAAAAGAAAGCACUUGUUAAGCUCUCCAAUAUUCAAUGCAUUCUGCACUUAUCUGAAAUAGCCAGACAGGAGCUAGAACUCCACUCCCCUUAGUUCACGACUAGUAAUUUUGACACUAUUAUAUAUAUAUAGAGGAUCUAUGUCUGAUAUUUUUACAAAUAAAUACAGGAUAAACCAUAUUGCAUAGUGUGUGCUUGCUGUCUGAGUCACACUCCAAAAGUUUCACAGUUAUGGUAGGGAAUUAAACUCAAAUCUAUGGGAUGAAACAUUGACAGUACAUGAAAUUUACUUUUAAACCCAAUGAAUUGUAUCUGUAAUUAAUCAGUGAACUCAGACAAACAACUCUUGCCAUUCUUGCCAGCCAUAUUAAACCAAUUCUACUGGACAAUACAUCCAGCCAACCAAAAAGCAACCGUUAGCUGUAACUAGGACCAAGAGAGAUCUGCCUCAAAAAAAAAAAAAAAAAAAAAAAAAAAAAAAAAAAAAAAAAAAAAAUUAAACCAAGUUCCUUUAUCCUCAGUAAACAUGUUAGGAAACCUAUGUUAACAAGUGGCACGGACAGGCACUGCUUGAAGUGUUGAGUAUUUGCAAAUAUGCAUAAUACAAACACGCAGGAGCACUUUGAUUUCAGUUUCACAACAUGUCACCAGUGGCCAUAUUACCAAAGGAAAAAAGGCAAUCUGCCAGUACAGUUAGGGUCACUGUAAGGUAACUUGAUUUUGUUCAUAAAACUAAAUUAAAAAAAUUUUCCAACAAAAGGCUUAUCAGGA